CAGCGGCCCUCUCUCGCUUCAUCCCCACAUCCCGGCGCCGGGAGGAAAAGCUACCAGGAUGCGUCUCGUCAGCCUCACCCGCGCGGCCACUCACGUCCGCGCGGCGUCGACGACGGCAACCAUAGCGGCGGCGCUGAAGGUGGGCGACGCGCUGCGCCCGCGCCGGCGGCGGUUCACGGAGGACGACGUGGCGGCGUACGCGGGGGUGAGCGGCGACCGCAACCCCGUCCACCUUGAUGAUGCCUUCGCGCGCGGGACGGGCGGGUUCCAGCGUGGCCGCGUGGUGCACGGCAUGCUCGUCGCCUCCCUCUUCCCCGCCCUCAUCGCCUCCCACUUCCCUGGAGCCGUGUACGCGAGCCAGUCCCUCAAGUUCGCGGCGCCGGUGCACGUCGGAGACGAGGUGGUCGCGCAGGUGCAGGCGCUCCACAUCAAGGCCACCGGCGGAAGGCACAUCGUCAAGUUCGCCACCAAGUGCUUCAUGGACGAUGAGGAGACUCUCGCCAUCGACGGCGAGGCCAUGGCUUUUCUGCCCACGCUGCAGCUCAGCGCCGAGGCAAUCGAGUGACAAAUUCAAGUGCGAUUCGGAGUCUCUGUGGCCAAGUCAAACAUGCUCCAUUGCGGUUGCUUCCUGCAAGUAGGUUGACACUGGAACAUGAAUAUCAACUCUUUUUUUUUUCAGUUCAAAGUGCUCAGGUAAUAAUAUAUCGCCUCCCCGACCAAGCACUCGCUGGAAGUUGUUUGUUAUCAUCUGAAGCUCCCUGUAUGUGAACUGGCGGCUCUCGAGUCGCAACGAACC